AUGUUCAUAACAUCGGCACCAAAUCCAACUAUACCUAAAUCUCUUCGGUUCCUAUUCGGAGGAACAGCCGGAAUGUUGGCCACAUGUUUUGUACAACCAUUUGAUCUCAUCAAAAAUAGGAUGCAAUUAAGCGGCGAAGGCCGAAAGGGAAAGGAGUUUAAGACAAGUUUUCACGCCAUCCGAUCUGUGGUCCAAAAUGAAGGCUUCGGCGGUUUAUACGCCGGCCUAUCGGCCGGCCUUUUACGACAGGCCACGUACGCCACCGUACGGUUAGGCAUAUACUCGACACUAUUUGAAAAAGUGAGCGUAGAGUACGGCAAACCACCGGGAUUUUUGGUUAAGGCCGGUCUCGGCAUGAUUUCUGGCGGUAUCGGCGCUUUCGUCGGCACUCCGGCCGAAAUCACUUUAAUCCGUAUGACAUCUGACGGCCGUUUACCUCUGGCCGAGCGCCGCAACUAUACCAACGUAUUCAACGCUUUGGCCCGAAUUGCUCGCGAAGAGGGGGUACUCACCCUAUGGAGGGGUUGCAUACCGACAGUCACCCGAGCGAUGGUCGUGAACGCCGCCCAAUUGGCCUCGUAUUCACAGUCCAAACAGUGGUUACUCUCGUCGCCGUAUUUUGGCGAUAAUAUUUGGUGCCAUUUCAUGGCCUCAAUGAUUGCCGGUCUGUUCACCGCCGGCGUCUCGAUGCCCGUCGACAUCGCUAAGACAAGACUACAGAAUAUGAAAAUAAUCGACGGAAAGGCUGAAUACAAAAAUGCUUUUGAUGUGAUGGCAAGAGUGGUCCGAAACGAAGGAGUGUUCGCCCUCUGGAAGGGCUUUACGCCAUACUAUGGACGGGUGGGUCCGCACACAGUAUUAGCCUUCAUAUUCUUAGAACAGGUCAAUCAAACUUACAAACGCCUCGUCUUAAAGGACUUCUCAGGUGGCGGCGCGAUGAAUGAGAAGAAUGUGUUGACGAGCGCCGGGCUAUACAUCGAUGAGUCCAACAGAAUCCGUAUAAUAGACCCGGAAUUGUCUGAUAAGACCAUUGAAUUGAAGACCGAGAGCACAGAAUUCACUGAAAAGACACAACUGUUCCAGAAGAUUGUGGACAACUUCGUGGCAAUCAUUGAGAAUUUAGCCCAAAGGGUGGAAACGGAGAAAAUUAAAGCCGUCGGCUCAAGAAAUUUGUUGCAAUCGUUUGAAAAGCGACACAAUUAUGAUGUGAAACAACUGAAGACAUUAAUCAAAGAGAAGACACAGGAGUUGGAGCGACUUCGAGUACAAUACGACUCAUUAAAGCGUGAAGAGGCGGAACAAUUGGAUCUAAUCGAGCAAAUUAUGGUUCAGAAGUGAAUUCAUUAUGAUUUCAAUACAAUAAAAAUCAAAUAAUUGUUUCAAA